AUCCUAACAGUUCAUCGCCGGCGCGAACACCAAUAGGUACUAUCACAGUGGUACUUGAGGUGGAAUCUCGCGAAGUAGUACUCGUAUCAAGGUGGUAUCAAAAUUAGAGCCACACGGGGUAGUAUAACAGUGGUACUUGGGGUAGAAUCAAGGUGGUACCAAGGGUAAAUUCACGUGCAAAGUACCGACAAGGUAGUACCUAGGGUAGAGUAUCGGAAAAAACUCUCAAAGCAGCACCUGGAGCAAAAUUUCGUGAAAUACUUUAAAAGAAGUACCAGAAGUAAAAUCCCAGGUACUAGUAUCAAAUAGUAGUACCAUGGAUUGUGGCUGCGACGCGCCCUACAUAGGGCCAUCCCUGGAGACCACCUGCGGUGGUGGUGCCAUCUUCCUGUUCAUGACCCUCUUGGACAGCUUCAUCAGGAACAAAUGUGAUAUCUCGGAGAUAUGUGGGAGGGUCAAGCCUAUCUCGGCGCCGGAACCGGAGUACGAUUUCGUGGUAAUAGGGGGUGGCAGUGCUGGUGCAGCGGUUGCAGGAAGGUUAUCAGAGGUGCCGGAGUGGAAGGUGUUGCUUUUGGAGGCUGGAGGUGAUGAACCGCCAGGUGCACAGAUCCCCUCUAUGGUUAUCAGUUACCAUGGCAACCCUGACAUGGACUGGAAGUACAAGACAGAUCCAGAACCCUAUGCCUGCAAGGGAUUCCCCGAGCAAAGAUGCGACUGGCCAAGAGGAAAAGUCCUAGGAGGCUGCAGCGUCAUCCACGGCAUGAUGUACAUGAGGGGAACCCCCCGCGACUACGACAAAUGGGCAGAAGCUGGCAACACCGGAUGGGGUUACAACGACGUUCUGCCUUACUUCUUGAAGUCCGAGAAUAACACGGAGUAUGGGUCUUUGGUUGAUCCAAAGUACCACAACAGAGGUGGACCAAUGACGGUCAACAGAUUCCCUGAUACCCCGCCACUGGCAUACGACAUCCUGAAGGCUGCCCAAGAGUUGAGAUACCCAGUUUCUGAUGAUCUGAAUGGAGCUCAGUACAGUGGUUUCGCAGUGGCUCAGUCGAAUACAAGAGAUGGUGUCAGAGAAAGCAGUGCAAGUGCCUUUCUUCGACCCGUUAGAGAUCGCCUCAAUCUUCACAUCAUGCUCAACUCCACUGCGACCAAGAUACUUAUCGACCCCAACUCACAACCCAAACGUGUAAGGGGUGUUGAGUUCAUGUACCAAAAAAGAAAAUUCUCUGUCAAGGUCAAGCGAGAGGUUGUAGUCUCAGGCGGAGCAGUCAAUUCUCCUCAGCUCCUUCUUCUAUCCGGAGUAGGUCCUAAAGCAGAACUGCAGAAGGUUGGUGUACCUGUCGUGCACGAUCUACCUGGGGUUGGAAGGAAUCUUCACAACCACGUGACUUUCUAUCUCGAUUUCUUGCUGAAGACUGAGAAGGCUUACAACGACCUCGACUGGAGUUCUGCCAUGCAGUAUCUUUUGUACAAGAAAGGACCGUUGUCUUCUACAGGAAUGUCUCAACUCACGGCUAGAGUCAGCACCAAAUACGCGGAUCCAAGUGGUCAAGACCCAGAUCUUCAGAUCUUCUUCGCUGGCUACCUGGCUAAAUGCUCCAAAACUGGAGAGGCCAUGUCCUUGGAGGAUCCACAGAAUCCCAACAAACCCAAGCAUCUAACUAUAUCGCCAGUAACUCUUCACCCAAAGAGCAGAGGUGCCAUCAGCCUGAAGUCCAACAAUCCAUUGGACCCACCUUCGAUCAAGGUGAACUAUCUGAAGGAAUCUCAAGAUAUUGCUACUUUGAUUGAAGGAGUAAGGAUCAUCCAGAGAUUAGCCAAUACUACGGUGUUGAAGAAGAAGUAUGGAGUUGAGAUGGUCAAAGAUGAGUAUGGAAAUUGUGGACAACUUCAUAGGUUUGACUCCGACGCCUUCUGGGACUGCGCCAUAAGACUAUACACCGGAGCAGAAAACCACCAGGCUGGUUCCUGCAAAAUGGGACCAUCCUCCGAUCCCAUGGCUGUCGUAGACUCCAAAUUGCAAGUUUAUGGUAUAUCCGGUUUGAGAGUGAUGGACGCAUCAGUAAUGCCAUCCCUAGUUUCCGGUAACACCCACGCCACGUGUGUCAUGAUAGCAGAAAGGGGUGUGCAGUUCAUCAAGGAUAAAUACGCCCCCUCCUUGCCCUCGAGAUUCGGUGAAUUCGGAUCGAAUCCGGUCGGCGGGCAGGCCAAACGGAACUACACCACGGUGAAAGAUCCUCAUAGUCCUUUCCCCAGCAUAGGUUUCAGUGGAAAUAAACGCCCAGGAGGUGGUUUUCGUGGACCUCCAUUCAAUGGAGGACCACCUGGUGCAUCUGGACCUUCCAACGGGCAGUAUAAUCCAUAUCAGCAUUACCAACACCCUUGGCACCAGCGAGGGAAUUUGAAUGGACCACCAUCAAAUGGCAGCAGACAGUACAAACAAAUGAACAACAAUAACCAAUGGGGUUAUCAACGUUAAAUUAGUGAUUUAGAAUAAUUAAAAUUAAGUUAAUGAUGAACUAAUCUUCUUAAAGAAGAUUAUAUUUUUUAGUUAAACAAAUUCUUCAAAGCUCUCUGGAUUCAUGUGAUUGAAGAAAUAUAUCUUCAACUGCUGUUCACCUAUGUAUUCAGUAUUAUUUUGAGUUUGCAUCCUUGACAGAGAUUUUUAAGUGCCAUAUUCAGGCUGAUCGAAUGGCUUCUUUAUUCUGAAGAUGAAGAGGCUUUUGGUGCAGUUCUGUGGAGAUAAUACCAAAAUUGUAGUAUGAGGUGCUCUUUCAGAAUGUUUUAGCUACGAUAACAGAAAAGCAAUAGGAAUGUCGGAAGAUCUCUUAGUGAAUUAAAAUUGCAAUAAAUCAUGUUAUUCUCGAAAUUAA